UAAAUCGUGUAGUUGGUAUACAUGAAAGUAACAUGGUGGUUAAGAGCGCGUGCUAAGUAUAAGUUUGUGUAGUUUAACUGGUAAUAAAAAAAUAUAUAUAUAUAUAUAUUUUUUUCUUCUCUAAAAUAACGAAAUAAAUUAAAUUAAACGACGAAAAAUUGUGUAAGAUAUAUAAUUAGUUUAAUGUAAUACAUUCUUAAAAUAUGGCAGAAUCAAUUGGACCAAUACUUCAUGUGAUUGUCGUCGGAUUUCAUCACAAAAAAGGAUGUCAAGUAGAGUACUCGUUUCCUCCUUUGGUACCUGGAGCUCCAAACGAAUGUCCAUUAGGAUGGAAAUAUUUACCAACUCUUGCUCUGCCAGAUGGAUCUCAUAAUUAUGAUGAAGAUACAGUUUAUUUUCAUUUGCCUAGUCUGAAUAAUCCAAAAUGUACAAUAUAUGGCAUUUCAUGCUUUAGACAAAUUCCUGUUGAGAAAUUAAAAAAUCGUACAUCCGACAUAACAAGAGGUACUGUUCAAAAAUCUGUUUGUGUUUUAAGUACUUUACCAUUAUAUGGUCAUAUUCAAGUAAAAAUGGCUUUGAUAACGCAUGCAUAUUUUGAAGAAGGUGACUUUAGUAAAGUAUCAUUAUUAGAAGAUACUUAUCAUCAUCUCAAUUCUUGUAUGAGUUGUGAGAGUCAAAUACCACCACAAAUAUUUGUUGGAUUGUCUGCUAGAGAUUUCAUAUUACAAUUUCGUCACAAAGUUCUUUUAUUGUUUAAACUACUUUUGUUAGAAAAAAGAAUAGUUUUUUAUCAAUCACCGGUUCAACCAUUAUGCGCUGCAAUAUUAACAUUACUUUCAUUGUAUCCUGGUAUGAUAGAACAUGGUUUGCAACAAGCUGCUUGUGUUAGGUAUUAUAUAUUCUAAAAAAAUAUAUUUUUUCAUAAUUAUAUUAUCAAAGAUGGUAUAUCUGAUAGAGUAACACAUAUUAAUGGUAAUUCUGAUAGAAAUUCAUUAUGUAUAAAUGAUAAUAAAGCUAUUGAAACUAUGGAAGGUAAAUGUAUGGAUGAAUUAAAAAAUGUAACAGUACAAAAGAAUAAUAAUGAAAAUGAAAAUUUAAAUAUGAAAGUCAUUGAAGUUAAUUCAGCACAAGAAUGUUCCAAUGUGGAAGAAAAUAAUUCUGUAUAUUCUUCAAAAUCAAAUGAUAAUAUGCAUAGAGUGCAGAGUAUACAUACAAUUACAUUAAGUACAACAGAUACUGAUAAUACAUUACCACGUGAUACAAGUAACGACGCACUUUCUGAUGCACGUUUAACAAAUAAUAUUACCCAAAUUGCACAUAUAAAUCCUGAAUUAUGUGGUUUACCUUUAAAUAUAUUUACAAAGGGAUAUUUAUGUUUACCAUACUUAUCUUUACCAUAUCUGGAUCUUUUGGCAGAUAUUAAUGUUAGAGGAUACAUAGUAGGUGCAACGAAUGUUUUAUUUAAACAGAAAAAACAACUUAUUGAUGUAUUAGUAGAGGUUGAAAAUACGCGAAUAGAAACAAGUGACCCGGAAUUAAGAAGACAAUUGCAUCUUACAACUGAAGAUCUAAGAUUUGCUGAUUAUAUAGUAAGACAUGUCUCGGAGCCACGCAAAGAUAUUUUUUUGGAUGGUGUAGGAUGGGAAGGAGGAGACGAAUGGAUUAGAACUCAAUUUCGGGUUUAUUUAUUGAGCAUGUUAAGAACAUCGAUGCAACAAGAUAGUAGACAAUCUGAUCAUUAUAAUUCUGCAUUUAUAGCUGCUUGGCGCUUAACGAAUAAUUAUAAGAUAUGGAAUAGUUCUAAUAAACCAGAAAUUAAUAAUAUAGAACCAGGUCAUCCAUUUGCUGGACAACUAUCUGUUCAAGAUAUGAAAUUACGAUUAUCGCAUACAAUGCAAAAUACAGAAAGUGGUAGAAAAUUGAAUCAAGCAAUGGCAUCAACUGGACGAGCGGUUGCGACAACUGGAAAAGCAGUUGGUGGUGCAUUAUCACAAGCUAAAGGAGCUUUUUCUAACUGGUGGAGUACAUUAACAACAGUUCAACCUGUAGAGGAAGGAAAGACCACGGACAAUCAAACUUCGACUAUACAUCAAACGCUUUCAAAUAUGGUUAACAAAACUGCUGUGGAAGAUGACGAAAUUAAUAUGACUACUAACAAUACAGGUUUAGAGGAAUGAUUGAUACAAAUUAAUACAAAGACUUAUAUCAAUUCCAAUUAUUUUUUAGAAUAACUAUAAAACUAAUUUUUUUUUUUUUAAAUCUACAAGGGAAAAAAUCCCGAAGUGAUUAGUACCAAUUUUGAUGAAAUUUUAAUAUAUAUAGUAAUUCACAAA